CCCUUGCUCUCUGGUCGCAAUCUGCACCGAACACACGUUGGAACGACACACCGCACGCCCAUGGGACCACGUCCGCCACCGACACGCCGCCCGUAAUUCCAUCUCGCAUCUCCGCUCCGUCCACCGCUCCGCGACCACGCGCCCCCUCACGGCCUCGCCGCCUGCUUGCCUGACUGCCUGACGCUCGCACGCCCGCCGGACAUGUGCGCCAUCUGAUGAGACACCUGCUCUCGAGAAUAUGAGCGGCCUGCAUGCACAGAGACGACCCGACCGAUCCAGCGAAGUGGCGCGCCAGUGCUGGAGACGGCGCUUUCAUGACACCUCUCGUCACCGCCUACACCCACCUCGAGUCGCUACUGCUCUUUCAGGCCUUGCGAUGUGAGGGCGUGCACCCCAUCAGCUUCAACCGCAUUUCGAGCCAGCUGCUCAGCGUGCCAUUGGUGCGCAAUGACCCUGCCUUCGAUGCCGGUCGCUUGAGUCCCGACGCUCUGCGUGAGCUGUAUCUGGGCCUACUCAAGGAAGAGGUGAAGCAUGACUUGGGCCGCGACCAUGAUGAGGAGAACCACCUUUCGAACGGCGAUGCGUCUCCCAGCAGUCGCAAGCGCAAAAUCGCGAGUCCAGUGCUGCCCACGGUCCACGAGGCAGCACAGCAUGCGCAUCUGAUUCCUCAACUCGUCACCCGGCUCUACGCGAGAUACCGCGAGAAUGCAGUGUCUAAAAUCAAGGGCUACGAGACCAAAUACGCCGAGAGCAAGCAGCACGUUGAGGACAUUGAGGCUGGACUGUGGGACGAGCGGCUGCAGCGUGAGGAGAGUGCAAGACGUCUUCCAGAGCGUGCUGGCCCUCAGACCCAGAGCCCGAAGCCCUCGCCGAAGCCUUCAUCCACUGCUCAUACGCAGCCUGUGGUUGCACGCCCAGACAUCGUUCGCACUCCAUCUGCGACUGCCAGCCCGGUGAUACCAAAGCAGCCCGAGGUUUCUUCCCAGGCAACCUCGAAACCAUAUGCUCAGGCCAAAAUCGACGCCGUCAUCAAUCAUGGACCUGAGCCACAGCAUCGGAGGGCAUCUUCCAACACAAAACUGCCACCGUUGUCUGAGAUGGCACCUCAAUCACCUCGCUUCGGUAUCCCACCAAAAGUUACAGGUCAAAUACCGCAGCAAGUGCAGGCUGUGCCUCAUACCCAUGCAGCGAAUCACAAUUAUGUUCAAGGCCCUCCUAGUGGACAUCAUUCUCCUUAUGGGCCCCCUCAUACACAUGGCCGCCAAGGAUCUAUGAGCAGCCCUCAGCUGCAACAAUCCCUUUCCCGGCCCUCUUCGUCGCCUCGGCCAAUACUCCCUCCUCCGCCGGGCAUGGCAUUACCGCCCCCAUCUCCCGUUGGUCACACCGGCUCACCUGGGCAACAUCAAUAUGCCGCACCCAUACAACAACAGCAGCAGCAGCAUUACCAGCAGCCACACAGACCUCCUCCAGGAGCUGCUCCAGCGCCGUAUCAGAGCCCUAUCCCUCCUCAUGCGAAUAAUUACUACCAGCAGCAGCCACCUUAUCAAGACCGGCGGCCUUCAUAUCAACCUCCGCAUCCGCAAACGCCUACGUAUGGACAUCAAGCGCAUGUGCAACCUCAUCCUGGUCAGAUGCAUCAAGGAGCGUUUAUGCAACCAUUCCAAGUGGCUCCUCAAGAUCCGUCCAGGCCAAUGCACCACCAGCCCAUCCGCCCUCAACCAGCGCCUCCAAUCAACGCACCAAGCGCAUCUACGUACGUUCCACACGCGCACGGAACGCCAGCGACUGCUCCACGGGUGGCACCGCAUCUUAAUCGCAGGGUCGAAGACGUACUCAGCAUGCUUGCUACACCACCGAGGGGGAACACUCGGCCUAAGCCCAAGCCUUUGUGGAAGGAGGAAUUCCAGCCCUCUCCCUUGCUGCCUUCUGCAGAGAAGCCUCGUCCCAUCAUUGAGCCACUCAGUCCAACACAGGAGCGAAGGUCACCAGCACGUGUCGCGCGUGGUGGUCGUGGGCGGGACGUGUCGUCUGUCGAGGAUCGACUCCAAGCCGAGCCAGCAUCGAAAAGUAGAAUCAGCAAGCGAAAGGCCAACGCACGUGAGCGAAGUCCUGGAGGUCAUAGUGUGGUCUCUUCGACCGCCGACGAAUCGCUUCGCGCACGCACACGUAGUCACUCUGUCAGUACCGCCACUGGUGCUAAUCCCCAUUCCGAUGAUCGACCACCGAGCCGAAAUGGUGUCAAAUUGGAGCCAUCUACACCUGCAGACACAUCCGAGGAUGCAGCAGCUCCUUCUGCUACCCCUGCAUCUGGUCGGGUGACUCGCAAACGCCGUGGCACCCUGCAGAACCAGCAGCAACCACCAUCAAAGCGCAAGCGCCAGCAGUCACCGAACAGAGGAGAUGAUGGAGAAUCCUCCACCCCCGCGCCACGCAGCAAUACGGUCAUCGCGGUGCGCAAUUUCAACAAGAUGUCGUCGGCUGUAAUGAACGACAUUCUGAGUCACAAACAUGCUGCCUACUUUGCUGGGCCCGUCCGAGAUCGAGACGCACCUGGCUACAGUGACAUAGUGCGGCAGCCGCAGAAUCUGAAGACAAUCAAAACCGCCAUCACGGCCGGCACGCAGCUUGUAAAGGCGGCAACGUCCACUACGGAUUCACCUUCUGAGGCUGCAAAUGCAACAUCAGCUACGGUGGAGUUAGAGCGCACCUCCGAUACGACACCACCGAAAGUGAUCGUCAAUGGAGCACAACUUGAGAAAGAAUUGAUGCGCAUGUUUGCCAAUGCGUACAUGUUCAAUCCUGGCGAAGACGGUAUGGCACUCUCUACGAAGGAGAUGUUCUCGGACGUUGAACAAAAGAUCUCGGAAUGGCGAGGUACAGAACGUGCUGACGAUGAAGAUGAAACGAAGGGCAAGCGACGAAAAUUGUAGCAUAUUAGUAGAUCGUGCGCGUCGACUUGACGCUUGUAAGCAAAUGAAAUGGCGAGUAUACUGCCAG